AUGAAUGAUUACUGCCUAAAUAUAAAUGCUAUUGCUGAAAUAAUCAAUUGUGCAGCAGAAAAUAACGAAAAAUAUCUCAGAGGAUACUGGGAAGUCUUCAAAAAACUUCAUGAAGAAUACAAAUUAGAAUUUUCAGAACAAAGAGACUAUAAUGAUGAAUUCUAUGCACUUAUUACAAAGGAAUAUCACACUGGAUGGAGUCUCUCUUUCAAAAAAUAUGAAGAUAAGAUGGUCGAUGAAAUUCUUGAUGUAUAUCCUCCAGAUUCUGUUAUGCAAUACAUUAUGCUUGAUGACUUUGAGAAUUUCAGGACUCUUGAUAUCAAAAAUUACGAUGGAGAUGUAAAUGGAAUGAAAUAUAUUGAUUGGUGCUCGUAUUAUGGAUCACUCAACUGUUUCAGAUUCCUUAGGAACAAUGGUGCUAAAAUAUCUGAUGAAACAUUCAGAUAUUCUUUCCAUGGAAAGAAUCCACAAAUUAUUCAUGAACUUUUACAAGAAAACUUGAAACCUGACUACUUUUGCAUGGAGAAUGCUAUUAUAAUGCAUAAUACUGAUGUUGCUAUUUACUUAAAUUCGAAUUUUGAAAUUGAAAUUCCAGAUAACUUAGUUAUGAAGUAUUUUAACCUUCCUUUAUUCUUGUAUAAGCUUUGUAUCAGCAAGAAUUUCGAUUCUUGUCUUUCCAAAUCUGUUUACUUCGGAAUUCCUUCUUUAGUUGAGUUCAUUUUUUCAAAAGGAGUGUCUGAUCAUGCCAAGAACUCGGCUCUUCACAUGGCAAAAGAAUAUGGAAUGAAAGAAAUUGAGAAUUUCCUUAUUGAAAAUGGAGCACAACAAAAAACCUUUGAAUAA